AGCAGUCGACGGAGAGGGGGAGAAGAAGAGGGAGGAGUAGACGCAAGCCCACGCGAACCGAAUCGAAUCGAAUCGAGAGGAGAGGGGAGGAGAGAGCGCAAGGAAUAAUCCGUAAUCCGUUCGCGGCGAGGAGGAGGAGGUGGGCCCAGCGAUGCAGGCGCACAGAUCGCCGGCGAUGGUGGGGGGCGGCGGCGCGGGGGCCGUCGGGCCGCCGUCGCCGGCGACGGUGCCGGUGAGGCGGCGCUGCGAGGGCACGGCCAUGGGGGCCAUCACGCUCGACCUCCGCCCCGGCAACGGCGUCGGGCCCUUCACCCUCGGGAUGCCGAUUUCCGAUGCGUUCGCGCAGAUAGAGGGCCAGCCAACACUCUACGACGUUGUCCACGUGAAGUACUUCGAUGAGGAGCCUCUAAAGUUGGAUUUUGUCAUAAGCUUUCCUGACCAUGGGUUCCACCUGCGCUUCGAUCCUUGGUCACAGAGGCUUCGUCUCAUUGAGAUCUAUGACGUGAAAAGACUGCAACUGCGAUAUGCAAAGUCCUUAAUUGGUGGCCCAUCAACAUUAGCCACUUUUGUGGCUGUUUAUGGAUUAUUCGGACCUACUUUCCCGGGUAUAUAUGACAAAGAGAGGGGCAUUUACACCCUCUUCUAUCCAGGGUUAUCCUUUGCAUUCCCUAUCCCCAGUCAAUAUACAAAUUUGUUUACCAAUGGGGAAGUGGCAGAUUUGCCUCUGGAAUUUCCUGACGGAACAACUCCUGUUACUUGCCGGGUUUCUAUAUAUGACAGUUCAACGGAUAGCAAGGUUGGGGUUGGAUCACUGAUGGAUAAAGCAGUUGUUCCUGCAUUACCUGCAGGCAGCCUGUACAUGGAGGAAGUGCAUGCAAAGCUUGGUGAAGAGCUUUUGUUCACGAUAGGCGGGCAACAUAUUCCUUUCGGUGCAUCACCGCAGGACGUGUGGACUGAGUUGGGUCGUCCAUGUGGCAUCCACCAGAAGCAGGUUGACCAGAUGGUAAUACAUUCAGCAUCAGACCCCCGCCCUCGGACAACUCUUUGUGGGGAUUAUUUUUACAACUACUUCUCUCGUGGUAUUGAUAUCUUAUUUGAUGGGCAGACACACAGGAUAAAGAAGUUUGUUUUACACACAAACUUCCCUGGUCAUUCAGAUUUCAAUUCCUAUAUGAAGUGUAACUUUGUUAUCUAUGAUGCCGAAGCUGAAGGGACAGAUCAGCCUGGUAGUAUCCCUAAGAGUUGCAUAACGCCUCGCACAAAGUGGGAACAAGUCAAGGAGAUCCUUGGUGAUUGUGGUCGAGCAGCAAUCCAGACGCAAGGCUCCAUGAAUAAUCCAUUUGGGUCAACUUUUGUCUAUGGAUAUCAGAAUAUUGCUUUUGAGGUCAUGAAAAAUGGAUAUAUUGCAACUGUUACCCUCUUUCAAUCAUGAGUGAAACGGGACAAAAAUUUCAAUCUCAGUGCUAACAGCUGAUGGUGAUGCAUAUCCAGCCGCAUCUGCAUUAAUGGUUAGACAGUGCUGCUACUCCAAAUGGGACUCUAGAAAGUGCUUGGUUCUGGCCAUGGAAUGCAGCCGCAGCGCUCAGCAUGGAUAAGCAUCACUACCUUGUAUUCAUUCUGUAGAUACAACUCAUUGUACAGGAACUAAUUGUAUCCUGCAAUCUUACGUUUUGUACAUAUGAUAUUUAUUUGUUGAAACAAGAAUUCAGAUAUACCAGCUGUACUGCCUGUUUAAUUCGAUCCCAGUGAUGAAAUAAUGGGCGUGCUUUCCUUUCCAUCCAA